AUGUGUACCGCCCCUGCGCCAGUGACCCGCCCCUGCAGCAGCCGCCCCUGGAGCAGCCCGCGUCGCCGCCCCUGCAGCAGUGCGCCAGCCGCCCCUGCAGCAGCGCGUGUGCCGCCCCUGCGCCAGCGACCCGCCCCUGGAGCAGCCGCCCCUGGUGCAGCCGCCCCUGGCCCCUGCGACGCCGCCCCUGCAGCAGCCGCCCCUGGAGCCGCCCACCACUGCAGCAGCCGCCCCUGGAGUCGCCCGCCUCUGCAGCAGCCGCCUCUGGAGCAGCCGCCACUGGAGCCGCCGCCCCUGGUGCAGCCGCCCCUGGCCCCUGGAGCAGCCGCCACUGCUGCAGCUGCCCCUGGACCUGCGCCGCCGCCCCUGGAGCAGCCGCCCCUGGUGCAGCCGCCCCUGUACCCGCGACGCCGCCCGUGGAGCAGCCGCCCCUGCGGCGUGUGUACCGCCCCUGCGCCAGUGACCCGCCCCUGGAGCAGACGCCCCUGGAGCAGCCCGCGUCGCCGCCCCUGCAGCAGUGCGCCAGCCGCCCCUGCAGCAGCACGUGUGCCGCCCCUGCGCCAGCGACCCGCCCCUGGAGCAGCCGCCCCUGGUGCAGCCGCCCCUGGCCCCUGCGACGUCGCCCCUGCAGCAGCCGCCCCUGGAGCCGCCCACCGCUGCAGCAGCCUCCCCUGGAGUCGCCCGCCUCUGCAGCAGCCGCCUCUGGAGCAGCCGCCACUGGAGCCGCCGCCCCUGGUGCAGCCGCCCCUGGCCCCUGGAGCAGCCGCCACUGCUGCAGCUGCCCCUGGACCUGCGCCGCCGCCCCUGGAGCAGCCGCCCCUGGUGCAGCCGCCCCUGUACCCGCGACGCCGCCCGUGGAGCAGCCGCCCCUGGUGCAGCCGCCCCUGGACCUGCGCCGCCGCCCCUGGAGCAACCGCACCAGCAGCAGCCGACCAUGCAGCUGCCCGCGACGCCGCUCCUGGACCCUGUGCAGUCGCGCUCAGUCUCACUCGUGCGCCCUACCCUACCUGCUCCGCGCUGUUGCUCUGCACGCGCGGUUGCCCGCGCCCUCGUGCGCUCUACCCUACCUGCUCCGCGCUGUUGCUCUGCACGCGCGGUUGCCCGCGCCCUCGUGCGCUCUACCCUACCUGCUCCGCGCUGUUGCUCUGCACGCGCGGUUGCCCGCGCCCUCGUGCGCUCUACCCUACCUGCUCCGCGCUGUUGCUCUGCACGCGCGGUUGCCCGCGCCCUCGUGCGCCCUACCCUACCUGCUCCGCGCUGUUGCUCUGCACGCGCGGUUGCCCGCGCCCUCGUGCGCUCUACCCUACCUGCUCCGCGCUGUUGCUCUGCACGCGCGGCUGCCCGCGCCCUCGCUACUAA